AUGCCUGUUUCUUUGCUGUCUUUUUACUCCGUGAAUGGAAGGGCUUAUCUUUUUUAUGACGUUGUGAAUGUCACUAAUGGACAGAGAGAACAUCGACAGAUGGUAACUGGAUGGAACACUGUGGUUGACAUAUACUGUGUUCGUUGUGGCUCACUUCUAGGUUGGGAAUAUGCGACUGCAUAUGAGAAGAGCCAGAAGGACAAGGAAAGGAAUUUUGUCCUUGAGAGGUGUAAGGUGUUGGAUCCUGAUGGACAUCCCUAUGUGCCUAAUCAAGUAGUUCACAAUGGUCAAGAACCUGAGAUUGGCCAAGAAUAUGAGGAUGAUGAAGAACCUGAGAUUGGCCAAGAAGGUUAG